AAAACGUUAGUAAAAUACGUCGAUGAAAGCGAUAGAGUUCACAUGUAGUCCCCAAUAGAAAGCUAAUUUCUGUAUAUUAUAUCACGACUCUUUCAUCAAUUUACGGAGAAGUCAUGGAAGCAGGAUCCGUUUUUCUCUAUUCCACACCAUUUAGACCUAUACCCCUUUAUGGCGGACAGAGGCCAACAUUCGACUUUUCAAGGUUUGGUGCACUUAAUCCAUCAUGGCCGGGAUUUCUACCGUCGUCUCCAUGGAAAUUGACUGACGUCACAUCCGCCACUGGAAGUGGAACGGCUACUUCCAAUCACCUAGCGGCUUACAAUCUCUACCUUCAAGAACACAUUAAACGGUUACAAGAAGCCAGUUUUCCAAAACUAUUUGACAGCACACCUACCGUUCAAGCUCAAAGGUUGCCAGUAGCAACGUCCGGUGAAACGCAAAGAGAAGAGGAAAUUCGGAAGUCCCACGUGUCCCUGGUUUCUCCUACAAACAGUAAGGAUGUCAAAAGCCCCAGCCUUACGUCGUCUUUCUCCGAGUCCUACGGCUCACAGUACAACCUGGGGAGGAAACUGUUUCCCUGUCCACAGUGCCGAUACACCACGGACCGUCGAAACAACCUCAAACGCCACAUGCUGACGAUGCACCAAACUUGCUCCAAGUUGUUAGAAUGUUGUGGGAUUUUGUUCAAUACUAAGGCCUCGUUACGGGAACAUUCGAUGAUAUUUCACUAUCAUGGAUAUACGUGUUUCUAUUGCGGUCGCAGAUUCUGUAGGAAAGCACUGCUGAAACGCCAUCUUUCGGUACACAACGGCCAAAAAGACUUUGUAUGUACAGUCUGUGAUUAUGCCACGAGCCACAAAAGUAAUCUUGAGCGUCAUCGGAAAGUCCAUCUGCGUCAAGAAGACGCUUCAGAUGAAGCGUCCAACGAUAACGGGUUAGAGAGAGCUGUGAGUCCAAAUGAAAUGGAAAAGGGCGAAGAAGUGUGCGAGAAAGGAGAAGACAUAGACGUGUCGGUUUGUUCAGAAAGUGAGGACGAAGAAAUAAACGUCCAUACUGACUAGAUUUUGGGCCGAGAGGGACGGUGACUGUUUACAUAUUAAUAACUAACUUAAGGACGAUGGAGAUUGUUGAUUUUCUUUAUCACUUUUCAGUGUAUGUUAACUGUUGUGGGUGAAUUUGUUAUUUUACCAUUUCAACUAUGUGAGAUUUAUUACUGUAUUAAAUUAAAGUGAUUUAUUAACAAACAA